UUGUUUAAUUUUUAACAUCGACACAAAUCUGACAGUAAUCGCAUGAGUAAAAGUUUCUUGUACACAACUAAUUUUUCGAAUAAAUUUUACGCUAAUAAACCAUUUUAACAAGCAGUAAAGCACCACCAAACGUGCUAAUAUGUCUGGCGCUAUCAAAAAGGCAACCGGAUUGACCGGACUAACUGUAGCCCAAAAUCCGCAUCACACUUUGACGGCUCUGUACAACAAAAUUCUCCGUGCCGUCGCCAAAAUGCCUCAAGACGCAGCAUACCGCCGCUAUACGGAGCAGGUUGUAUCCGAUAGGGCCAAAAUUGUUGCCUCCUCCCCGACCGUUCGAGAAAUAGAGCAAAAAAUCAACUGUGGCCAGGUAGAAGAACUUAUCGUUCAGGCGGAAAACGAGUUGACAUUGGCUCGCAAGAUGCUCGGAUGGAAGCCGUGGGAACCCCUAGUUAAGCAAGCACCGGCCACUCAAUGGGCUUGGCCACCAGCAAAGAUACACGAACUUAAGUAAGAAACUUUAUUAACAUUGUUUAUUAAAUGUCGAAACAUUGUUGGCUGAUCAAGAUCAAACUUGUAAAUAGAGUAUGUAGCCGAACCCGAA